AUGCAAGACGUUAAGAAACAAAACACCCCAAAGGGUAACAAACAACAAAAACGAAAGCAAAAUGAUUCCAGUGAUGUGUCACCGGGUAAAAAACAAAAACCGGGAAAUCAAAAUCAAUCACCACAAACACCAAACAAGAAAGUGAAAUUUAAUAAGAAGAAUGGACAAACAACACCGAAAAAUGAAAAAUUCAACACACCUAAAAAAACUCCAGGUCCAAAGCAAAAACCACAAAAGAAACCAGCACUUGGAAUUAUCGAUAGUGCAGAGAAACAAAAACAAUUGAUAUCAAAGAAAUUGCAACGAAAAUUAAAAAUGAAACAAAAACAACAGAGUGUUAAAGAAGAAAUCCGUAAAUUGAAAGCGGGUGAGUUAUCAAUUAAUGAUUGUAAAUUGGUGAAUUUUGCUUGGAUUGAAAAGAAAUUAUUGGAAUUCAAGAAAACUGGUGAUUUAUCAAUUUUCUCAAAACCACCUCAAUCACCAAACAAGGAGAAGAAAGAAGGAAAGAAAGCUAAUAAAGCAAAACCCAAAAAUCAACAAGACAAAAAAGCUCAAAAAGUAGCGAAAAAAGAGGAAGAUGAUGAUGAUGAAGAAGAAGAGAGUGAUGAUUCCAACAAAUUAGAAAUUGAUGGAGAAGAAGACGACGAUGAUAGUGACGCCGAAGAAGACGAUGAUGAUGAUGACGACGAUGAUGACGAUGACGAUGAUGAAGAUGAAGAUGACGAUGACGACGACGAUGCAUCAAGUGAAGACGAAAAACCAGCGCUACCAGCAUUUAAAGGCACAAAACAGAAAGAUAGAGUGAUAGGGCCGCAAAAUCCACAAAUAUUAGAUAGUAUUAUAAGCACGACAGCAACAAGUACCUGUACCAAAAAAUGGUGA